AUGGGAUCCAUCAAGGGUCUGUCGCUGAAGAAGCACCUGGGUCGGAAGCAGAAGCAGAACAGGCCGAUCCCGCCUUGGAUCCGCAUGAGGACUGGCUCAAAGAUUAGGUACAACGCCAAGCGGAGACAUUGGCGACGAACCAAGCUGGGCAUGUAA